CAACAAUCCUAUUCUCUCAAAUAUAUCUUCCCUUCAUUGCUCAAUUCUUUGCUCAGAAUCAACAAUAAUAUCCGUCUGUCCCCGCCUUCGCUAUUCUAUCACUUACAAUUUUCCACCACAAUGCGCGUCUACAAGGGCAAACUCAACACUCACACCAGCUACGCUACCAAAGAUGAAGUGAUCACACUGAUCACCAACGGCGGUUUCCGAACUGGCUCAACAGCCGUUGUAACCGGUCAAUUCACCGUGUCCUAUACCGGUCAUCCCAAGACGAACUUUUCCAUGGUUGGUACCAUCACCGAUGUUAGUGAUGAUAGGUUCCAGCUAUUCCUGGGUGAAAAUCAGUAUUACUGGUUCGUUGGGACCGUUACGGGCGAUAAGAUUCAUAUGACUAUGAAGAAGGAUGGUGUUGAAGAUUACGGUGAUGCUGAAUUGACCCUUGUUCACUCGGAGACAUAGACGAGGCCGAUCUGUGGCAGAUGAUGUUGCCAUGUAGGGAACAGGGUGUACUUUGGGAUGUUUAAUCUGAAUAGGCUUGUAAGGGGCGUGGGUGUGGAAGAGGUCUACUUCGUGAUAUUCUGAACCAUGCUCUUUACUCUGCCGUCAAUCUUCACUUCCCUGUGGUUUCUCUCUUCCUCUUACAAAUGUGCG